CUGCACUAGCAAUCCCUACCUACCUACCCUUACCCUAUUACCCUCCCACCCUACCCCUGCCCACUUCUUACACCGACCACCCAGCCGUCCAUCCUCCAACCAUCGCCAGUUCACAAAUGCACCCCACGUUCAAAGAACUCUCAUGCCCCAUCUGCCCUGCUCGCUCUACCCGCAUCUCACUGUACCCUACUUUUAUGCCCCUGCACACCUACAUGCUACAUACACAUCGCGUUACUAUAUCAAGUAGGUCAACUGCAACACAAACGCUAGGCAUAGUUGUAGUUGCAACGAGAAAACACCAUACCGUUGCAACGCAACCCGUGCCCCCUCCUCCAUUCUUUUUGCUGCUGUAG